AUGGCUGGGAGAGAAAUUCUCUAUCAUAGAUUGAUUCCAAUAAUCUCCUUCUUGAUUGGAAUUAUCAUUCCUUUGGUUGUUUUGAUUCCUCUUCUACUUUCUCAUCAUCAUUGUUCUCUUACUGGGAGACUUCCUAAUGAAAUCAUGAAGAUUAAUGAACAUGGGCCUUUUGUGGGCUUGGUUGUGUCCAAUUCUGUGGACUUGAGUCUCCUCUUGCAAUCUUCAAGUUUCAAAAAGCUUCAUGAUGUUACACACUUGGAUUUUGGAGGGAGAAGGUUUCACAUUGGACAGAUUGGAAAGCAGAAUGUCACGGUGGUCGCUGCGGGAAGGGGCAUGCUUAAUACAGGCGUUACCACAAAACUGUUAACGAGUUUGUUCAAAAUUAAAGGCGUUAUCAACUGUGGACUGGGUGGGAGUGUGUCGCAUCGACUCCGUAUUGGAGAUGUGGUCGUGCCAUAUCAUUGGGCUCACACAGGGAAUUGGAAUUGGCAGAGGUAUGGGGACGGUCCUCAAAAAUCCUCCAAUCAAAGUUCUGGCAAAUACUGUGAGAGGCCUCAGUACCUUCACUUUGCGGCCUUCAACAAGCCUAGCUCAGCUAACAAUCUUUUGAAUAAUGUGUGGUUUGAGGCUGAGGAUGUAUUUCCCAAAAUUGAGAAACAUAAGCCAGACAAGCAAGUCUUUUGGAUCCCUGCUCACCACCAUUACAUUUCAAUCUCAGGGAAACUAAAGGCUCCACAAGUGAGAUUAGUGAACAGAGGCAGCAGUUCCAAUAUAUUCAUCAAUAAUACAGCCUAUGCCAACUUCUUAUACUCAAGGUUUCAUGCAAGUGUGGUGGACAAAGAAACGGCUGCAGUCUCACUUGUGUGCCUUGAAGAGGAUCUCCCUUUCAUUGCUUUUAGGGCUGUGUCCAACCUUGCAGGUGCUGAGUCUUCCACAAAUAAUGAGGCCUCCACUUUUGCACCCCUUGCAGCCAAAAAUGCAGUUAUGUUUGUCUUGAAAUUCCUCACAUUACUGAAGUAG